CGGAGUUUUGGCGGCGGCGGCGGCGGCGGCGGCGGCGGCGGCGGCCGGAGCGGCCAUGGACGCGCUCAGGUCCGCCGGGCGGGCGCUGAUCCGGAGCCCCAGCCUCGCCAAGCAGAGCUGGGGGGGCGGCGGCCGGCACCGGAAGCUGCCUGAGAACUGGACAGACACUCGGGAGACACUGCUUGAGGGCAUGCUCUUCAGCCUCAAGUACCUGGGCAUGACGCUGGUGGAGCAGCCCAAGGGCGAGGAGCUGUCGGCCGCCGCCGUCAAGAGGAUCGUGGCCACGGCCAAGGCCAGCGGGAAGAAGCUGCAGAAGGUGACUCUCAAGGUGUCUCCACGGGGGAUCAUCCUGACUGACAACAUCACCAACCAGCUCAUUGAGAACGUGUCCAUUUACAGAAUCUCCUACUGCACGGCAGACAAGAUGCACGACAAAGUGUUUGCGUACAUCGCGCAGAGCCAGCACAACGAGAAUCUCGAGUGCCACGCUUUCCUCUGCACCAAGCGGAAGAUGGCCCAGGCUGUCACCCUCACCGUAGCCCAGGCCUUCAAAGUCGCCUUUGAGUUUUGGCAGGUAUCCAGGGAAGAGAAGGAGAAGAGGGAGAAAACCAGCCAAGACGGCGGGGACGUCGUGGACGGGGGCCGCCGAGACAGCGCCCCUUCGCUGAAGAGCCUGGUCGCCACCGGGAACCUGCUGGACUUGGAGGAGACGGCCAAGGCCCCCCUGUCCACGGUCAGCGCUAACACCACUAACGUGGACGAGGCACCGCGGCCUCAAGCCUUAAACAGCAGCGGUGUUGUCUGGGAGCUGGAUGACGGCCUGGAUGAAGCAUUUUCAAGAUUACUAAAGUGCCCUUAAUGAACAACUCUGAAAAUCAGCAAAGCAUUAAACAGGAAGUAACACUAUCCCAUAACCCCACAGCCCAGACUUUGGGGCUUAAUUUGUGCUAAUCCUCUACCUAUACGUUGUUUUGCAUUGAUCGGCUCGUCGUGUUUGCAUUCGGGGAUCCUGAUUUUCACUUAACGCUGGCGUCUCAGGAGCAUUUCUCCGGGCUGUUAAAAACUCCUUGUAAACACUUCUUUUAUUGACUGCCUCACGUUCUUUUAAGGACAUGGGCCGUAACUUACUUCUCUCUCCCUAUUCUUUGGACACUGAGUCGUGCCCCCUUUUGAGUUUACUUUGUGGGCAGCAGCGUGUUGAACGCAGUUCCCGCCAGGGGUCCGCCGCGGUUGCCGCAGGCUGCCUCCCACGCCUGCCCGUCUCUGCCCUGGCAGUGCUGCCCUUUCUCCUCUCUGCUGAGCAUUUUCUGAUGGAGUCGUGGACGGUGUGGGUGCCCCGGCCUCUGCGUGGUGGGCGUGCCACUGUCUGCCCCUCAGUUUUCUGAGCUGCUUGACUCUCAAGGGUAGGCUCUCUGGUUAGAGGCUCCGCCUCUCCUGACAUCCAGGUCUUUCUUCUUUGGCCCUGUGUCCUGCCGUUUUCCCACCCGUGCCCUCUCACUUCUGACCCUGGUGCUGGCCAGACUGGACUGGCUCCUCGGUCCCCCACCAGCUCCUUGCCUGGGCCCCUGGCUCACAGAG